AUGACAAACCUAAAUAUCGAGAGCGGUUAUUUUAAUGAUGAACUAAAGGAAGAAUCAAACGAAUCAAAUUUUAUGUAUGCUAAUAUAAGCAUGCUAAUAAGAGCGUACAAGAAAGACAGAAAUAAAUUAACCAUCCAAAAUAAAAAAUUAAACCUUAUUAAAAUAGUAGGGUUUGUGUUAAAUAUUGAAGAAAAAAAAGAAUUUAUAGUAUAUACAAUUGAUGAUACAACCGGCUACAUAAGAGCAAAGUUACUUUUAACUUAUUCAUUCACUACAUGUAAUGAAAAAAAUGAAGAUAUCAAAGUAAAUGAUGUUGUACAAAUAUUCGGCAUUUGCAAUACUGUAAGCAUUAAUGAAGACUUAACCAUUUCAAUCAGUUCAAUUAAUAAGCUAAAUUCCCUUAACUAUUUAUGCCAUCACAAUUUAUUAGUUUUCCAUAACUAUUUAAAAUUUCUAGAAAGUGAAAAAAUAAACCCUGUGAUGGAAGACGAACAGGCAAAAAAUGAUGAGGACGAUAAUGCGUCCAUCGUACAGAAUAAUGAUAACCCAUUUUUUAACUCCUUUUUUUACUGA